AUGGCCACCUCCGACUUGGAUCAACUAAUUGAGAUGGGAUUUGACAAGGAAAGAGCUGAGAUUGCGGUGAAAAAGAGCGGCGGUCUCCAAGGUGCCCUGGAAUGGCUCGAACAGUACCAAGACAAGUCUCUCGACGAAAUUAAAGCAGAAGCCGCAUCGAAGGAGGAUGAUGAUGAACCCCCAGCCCUACAACCCGGCGAGGAAGCCAGAAGCUUGGUCUGCAAUGAAUGCGGAAAGAAGUUCCGCAGCCAGGCGCAGGCAGAGUUCCACGCCUCCAAGUCGCAACACACUGACUUUUCGGAGUCCACCGAAGAAAUCGCUCCCCUGACUGAGGAAGAGAAGAAUCAGAAGCUGGAGGAGCUUCGGCAGAAACUCGCCGCAAAACGGGCCGUCCAGUCAGAGCAGGAUAAGGUUGACAAGAAGAGAAACGAGGAAAUCCGGCGGAAGAACACCAAGGAGUCCCAAGACAUCAAGGAGGAGCUCGAGCGCAAGCAGAGAAUGAAGGAAGCGGCCAAGAAGAAAGCAGAGAAACAGGCUGACAUCGAAGCAAAGAGGCGUGUGAAGGCUAAGAUCGAAGCGGACAAGGAAGAGCGACGGCUAAAGGCCGAGAAAGAGAAAGCGGAACGAGCUGGCAAAGCACUUCCCGCUCAACCAGCUUCCACUGGUCCCACCACUUCCGGCCCCGUUUCGUCCAAACCGGCCUCUGCCUAUACCGAAACUCGUAUGAGGUUCCAGACACCCAAGGGAAACGUCAUGAAGACGUUCCCAGUCACUACAACCUUGUUCGAAGUCGCUGCUGCGCUCCAGGAAGAGGGAGUCGAAGUGCAGAGCUUCUUGCAGACGUUCCCAAGAAAAGUGUUUGACGCAGAGUUCUUUGGAGAGUCACUGAAAGAUUUAGGACUUAUCCCUAGCGCAAGCCUUGUGGUUCAGUAG